UGUGGACUUGUGUUUGGACUGAUUCUGGUCCUAGCCUGGUUUGUGGAUUGGUGUUUGGACCGAUUCUGGUUCUAGCCUGGUUUGUGGACUGGUCUUUGGACUGAUUCAGGCUCUAGCCCGGUCUGUGGACUGGUCUUUGGACUGAUUCUGGUUCUAGCCCGGUCUGUGGACUGGUCUUUGGACUGAUUCUAGUUCUAGCCUGGUCAGUGGACUGGUUUUUUGACUGAUUCUGGUUCUAGCCUGGUCUGUGGACUGGUGUUUGGACUGAUUCUGGUUCUAACCUGGUUGGUGGACUGGUGUUUGGUCUGAUUCUGGUUCUAGCCUGGUUGGUUGACUGGUGAUUGGUCUGAUUCUGGUUCUAGCCUGGUUUGUUGGACCAGUUUCUGGACUAGUGUUUUGACUGGUUCUGGUUGCUGCCUGUCUCGUGGACUGGUUCUGGUUCCCGAUCAGAUGGAGAAUCUUCCUGCCUCUUCUGGUUCUCUGGUUCUCCUGGAGGAGACCAAGAAGAACCCGUUUAUCAAGUCCAAUGGCAUUGAGUAUGUGUCUUUAGCAGCAGCUAACGGUUCCGUCCCAUCGGUGGUGGUGACGAACUUCGGCGAUGGUCCAGACAAGAAAGGAGGUGUGGUCCCGGGGGUGGGGCCAGGAUACCAGGAGCGGGAGACAUGGACCCGGCAGAUGGACUUCAUCAUGUCCUGUGUUGGCUUUGCUGUUGGACUUGGAAACGUUUGGAGGUUCCCGUACCUGUGCUACAAGAAUGGAGGAGGUGUCUUCCUGAUCCCGUACCUGCUCAUCGUCUUCGUUGGAGGAAUCCCGAUCUUCUUCAUGGAAAUCUCUCUGGGUCAGUUCAUGAAGGCGGGCGGCAUCAACGCGUGGAACAUCGCGCCGCUCUUUAAAGGUCUGGGUUACGCCUCCAUGGUCAUCGUGUUUUUCUGUAACACAUACUACAUCAUGGUGUUGGCCUGGGGCCUCUACUACCUGGUCAAGUCGUUUAGCUCCACCCUGCCCUGGUCCACCUGUGAUAACGAAUGGAACACACCCAGCUGUGUGGAGACCUUCCAGCACCAGGACUGUAAAAACAGCAGCCUCACCAACAUCACCAUCACCGGCAACAUGACCUGUGCCCAGCUGGCAAACGCAAGCUCACCCAUCGUCGAGUUCUGGGAGAACAAGGUGCUGGACAUCUCAUCUGGUCUGGAUGAACCUGGACGUCUGAACUGGGAGAUCCUGCUGUGUUUAAUGGCCGUGUGGGUUAUUGUUUAUUUCUGUGUGUGGAAGGGAGUCAAAUCCACCGGGAAGGUGGUCUACAUCACAGCCACCUUCCCGUACCUGGUCCUCAUCAUCCUGCUGGUCAGAGGUGUGACUCUUCCAGGUGCUUAUGAUGGAAUCAUGUACUAUAUCAGUCCUGACUGGUCCAAACUGUCCCAGGCUCAGGUGUGGGUCGACGCCGGGACACAGGUCUUCUUCUCGUACGCCAUCGGCCUUGGUGCUCUGACGGCGCUGGGGAGCUACAACCGCUUUAACAACGACUGCCACAAAGACGCCUUCAUCCUCGCCUUCAUCAACAGUGGAACCAGUUUCUUUGCUGGUUUUGUCGUCUUCUCUAUUCUGGGCUUCAUGGCUGCAGAGCAGGGAGUGGAAAUCUCACAGGUGGCUGUGUCAGGUCCAGGUCUGGCCUUCAUCGCAUAUCCAAAGGCUGUCACGCUGUUGCCCGUGUCGCCGCUGUGGGCGGCGCUCUUCUUCAUCAUGCUGCUGCUGCUCGGCCUCGGCAGUCAGUUUGUGGGAGUGGAAGGAUUCGUCGCAGGAAUCCUGGAUCUGUUUCCGGGACAUUAUCAGUAUCGUUAUAAGAGAGAGAUUGCCGUGGUGAUCUGCUGCUUGCUCUGCUUCAUCAUUGACAUCUCCAUGGUGACACAGGGAGGAAUGUACGUCUUCCAGUUGUUCGAUUAUUACUCUGCCAGUGGAAUGACUCUGCUGUGGCAGGCCUUCUGGGAGUGUGUCGUUGUGGCCUGGGUCUAUGGUGCUGACCGCUUCAUGGAUGACAUCGCUCGUAUGAUCGGGUAUCGUCCGUUCUUCUGGGUCAAGUGGUGCUGGUUGUUUGUGACUCCAUGUGUGUGUAUGGGCAUCUUCCUGUUUCACCUGAUCACCUACAAACGUCUGACGUACAACAACGUGUACGUGUAUCCGUGGUGGGGCGAGGUGAUCGGCUGGUUCCUGGCGCUGUCGUCCAUGCUCUGUAUUCCCCUCACUUUCAUCUACAAACUCUUCAGAGCCAAAGGCUCCUUCGCUGAGCGCUGGUCUUACCUGACCACACCAGUGUGGGGCGCUCAUCACCUGGAGUACAUGGCCACGCCCCUGGCGCCGGGCAUCGACGACGACAGGGUCGUCAUCUCCGAGACUGUCAUGUAGGGCGUCGACCAAUCACAGAGCUCCACCUCCAACCGCCAUGACCUCGCCCUCCAGAGCUGCCGACCAGUCAUCACCAUUGAGAUGAGAAAAACAAAAAACAACACAGUUUAGGCCGACGCCCACUAUCUGUUUUUCUGUCAUGUGAUCAGAUAGAAAAAUAAUGUUGCUUCAAAUCAGUCUGAUGAUCAGUGUAAUCUGAUCUGAUCUGAUCUAAUCUAAUCUAAUCUUAUCUAAUCUGAUGUAAUCUAAUCUGAUUUUAUUUGAGCUAAUCUGACAUAAUCUGACGUAAUAUAAUCUGAUUUGAUAUAAUCUGAUAUAUGAUAUAAUGAUUUGAAGGAAAACAAAGGAAACUUUCAGCAGAGGCUGACAUGGUCACAUGACCACGCCGAGCUCAGUGGGGGUCACGUGACUACUGAAUGCACUUUACUUCACUAAUUGUUGCUGAUGAAUAUUCUGAUCGAUCGUCUUCCUGCUCUUGUCAUCAAUCUCCAGCCGUGACCUCUGACCUCGGGUCUGACCUCAAGGUUCCAGUGAGAUUUCAGUUUCCUCACGCAUGUCACAGAGGAGGCGGAGCUACGACUCCUGAAAGGAAAACAGAGAUGAUCGAUCAGUCUGAUUAUUGGUAAAUGAAACUGAGCCGAUCGGUGAUAUUUGAAUAAUUUACUUUAAAAUGAAAAAGAAAUUACAUCUCAUGUACUUUGACGUUGCUGUGGCUGAAAUCUCACUUGGUCUGACCUUUGGCCCCUCCUCAGGCUCCACCCCCUCAGGUCAACUUAAGUGCCAAACAGACACUGAUUUCAGACUCACAGCUGCCAAUCAUGUUCACUGAGCUCCUCCCUCUGCCUCUGACCAACCCCCACCUUCUCCCUCCCUCCCUGAGCUCCACCUUCUGUCUCUGAUCCCCCCCAGCUCCUCCCCCCUCCCUGAGCCCCUCCCUCCACCACAGAGAUCCUCCCCUCACCGACACGUUUAAUCCGAAAUCAAGAACAAACUAAGAUUGUGAUGAAUAAAAAUGCUUCAUCAUGGAGACGUGAUGAUGAGUCACAUGUCCUCAGUGUGUGCCGCGUCAGUGUGGUGACCCGAUGGGAGCUGGAGGACUCCGCCUUAUGUCGCUGUCUUACGAGCUGACGCCACUUUUCCCGCCAUCAGCUGUCUGUGGGGGCGUGUCUACAACUGUCUCCUAGCAACCAGUCACACAGCACGGGUGGGAUUUACGAUGACGUCGUUUGCUGCACUUUUUAAAAAGAAAAUGUAUUUUGUAAAAAAUAUCAGAGAUUUAUCAAUAAUUAUUGAUCAUGUGUGUGAUCGUUUUAUUUUGAUUGAGUAAAUGUCCGCGCUGCCAUCUGCCACCAGCAGGAGGCGACAGUGGGAGGAGUCUCAUACUUUUUGUUUUUACAGAUUUACAGCAGUGUUUGUGUGAUGCAGCGAGGGGGCGGGGCUUCUGUCGUAGUGGGUUUGUCUUUGUGUGAUUGAUGCAAAAUGAAAAGGGAUUUUUUUACAUUUUUUUCCUGUUCUUUAUUGAUACUUUACCUCUGACCCGCCCACUGCUCGUCUCCACCCACUCCUCUUCUACGCCCACUGCUCGUCUUUAAAAAUAAUACUACAAGCUUAAACUCCAUUUCCCAGCAGGCAGUGGGAUUUUCACCUUAAACUCAUGAAUAUUUAACAUUUUUAUUAGAUUCUAAAAUAAUAAGUUGAGUUUGUUAAUAAAUUUAAUGAAAAAUAAAUUUAGUUGUAAAAUAAGUUUUUUAAUUUAUUAACAAAAUAAUAUUUUGUUUAAAAAAACAACAUAAAAAUACACAUUUUAUUUUAAUAUUAAUCAUUAAUCUGAAAAAAAUUAAUUUAGGGACAAAAAAUGAUUUAAUUUAAAAGUCAAUGUUACUUUAAGACUUUUAGAAAACCUUUAUAAGCAAAGUAAAACAAAUAUUGUGAUAAAAAUCUAUUAUUUAUAACGUUAUAAUGUGUCGUCAUUUGAUCUUUGAGACAAAAGUUUUAACUUUUAAAAUUCAGCUUCAUUUCUCGAGUGAUUUCAGAUUUGACCAUAAACAACAAAAUGAUUUCCUGUCUGCAGUGAGACCAGCAGGAGGCGCUCUACUCCUCCUCCUGUGUCUGCAGUGAGACCAACAGGAGGCGCUCUACUCUUCCUCCUGUGUCUGCAGUGAGACCAGCAGGUGGCACUCCACUGUCUUUAUGCCCCGCCCACUCUUUGUUGUUACAGUGUCACUUCCUGUUUACGUUGUCUUUCUGACUGUAGCGAAACAAAAGUUAUUGAUUAUAAGUAAUAUUUACACUAAUGAUGACAUGAGACGCUAACAAGAUGCUAACGAGUCACUCUCUGAUGAUGUCAUUAUUUGUUUCAUUGACCUCUGACCUUGCAAGGGUCACAUGUUCUAAUCCACUGUGAUCAUUGUAGUUUCUUCAGCAAUAAAAGCAGCAGAUUAACACUU